AUGUCGGCUAAGAAACACGUUGUCUUUGACGUCGUAGGAACCUGCGUGUCUUACGAUGCUAUUUACAGAGCCAUUGACGCGCGACUGGGAUCCAAGCUUGCAGAGUACAAUAUCAAGCCCGCCCUCCUAGGCUUCGCCUGGAUCGAGGCAUCCGAGCGCGAGUACACCUACCUCAGUAUUCAAGGUCGCUAUAAGCCCUUUUACGACAUCUUUCACAGUCUGUUCUAUCGUGUGCUAUUCAUGGCCGGAGUGCCGGAGCCGCGCCAAUUUGCGACUGACAAUGACGCUACCUUCAUCAUGGACAGUCUCCUCGAGCUAGAAGCCCGACCGGGCGUCAAGGAGUGUUAUGCGCUCCUUCGCGAGGCAGAAUUUACAGUCUGGGCAUUCACGGCAGGCGAUGCGAAACGUGUGGGAGGCUAUUUUGAAAAGGCCGGCAUCGAGAUGCCCGCAGAGAACCUGCGGAGCUGCGAUGCUGAUGGUUUAGGGAAGCCGGAUCCCAACGCAUACAAGCCAUUACUAGAAGGUUUCAAAGGGGAUGAGGCAUGGUUUGCUGCGGCACAUAUGUGGGAUGCGGCGGCAGCCAAGAAGUGCGGGUUCAAGGGCGCGUGGUGCAGCGUUUACGAAAAGGAACCCUGCGUCGACUUGUUUGGUGAGAUGGAUGUCAUGGCGGAUGACCUACCGGAGCUGGCACGCAAGAUCAUAGCUUCGUCUGAGGGCCGGUCAGAGUGA